UAUUGAUUAAAGCUGCCAUUAUGAGUGAUCUAGACAUUGCUGAAGACUUUAAAUUCCCUCAAGGAUUCUCCCUUCCCUUCAACAAUUCCGAAGAACGAAACGACACUUUGCAAGUCAAGAUCGACAUGCUUAACGAACGAGUCUACCAUGAAGGAGUCAGAGAUCUGCUGAAGAAAUAAGAACUACUAUGUCCAGGCCAUGAUUGAAGAAGAAGAACUUGAUGUGAAUGACCAACAGACAUGAGUGGACGACCUCGUCAAAGAAUACACUUUAGCCCACAUGAAAUAACGAAAUUUCGAUGCAAAUGAAGCGGCUCCGGUUCAAAGCCAAUGCCAUGAGCAAGAAAGAGUUCGAAGACAAAAUGAACAUGCUCAAGGCUUCACUUCUCAGCGUCGACAACCAAGACCUUGAAGGCAUUUCAUUCGACAAAAUGAAAGAGUUUGAAGACAAACUAGGGUUGCUCCCAGUGGACGAAGACACCAAGCGACAUGGAAUGGAAGCUACUUACCAAGAACGAAUCAAAGCAUUCGAAGACAACCUCGAAGAGAAAAACAAGAAAGCCGAAGACUUCGUCCGCAAGAUGAGUGCAGAGCGCAGAGAACAGAAACAAGAAAAAGACCUCAUCGAAAAGGCCGAACUCCGCAAAGAACUUGAAGAAGAAAUCAGAGAUAGGAUGCGCAACCACGAGCGGUACCGCCAAGAAAUGAAAGAGAAGUGGGACCACGAUCGCAAAGAAAUCUCCAACAAAAAGUACAUGCACCAGUCGCUUGAAGAGAACUACCGCAAGAAAAUUGUGAUUCCGUCGCUUGAAAAGAAGAAGGAACUGCUCCGCAAAAAGAGAGAGCACUUCGCUCCAAUCAGACACAAAGACCUUGUUGAGCAUGAGAAAGUGUAUGUUGAAAGACUCAAACAGAAACUCAGAGAAAAGAAAGAGAAGCGUGAAAAGUGGUACCAAGACAUUGGCUACGGUGACUAUGAUCCUUCUCAGUACCAGAGCAAGUAUCUCUCAAGUGUAGAACAUGAAGCAUCAGAGCCCUUGGUUGAUUUCAAAGAACAAGUCAACUUCAAGUGAGACAAAAGACGCAACUAUGCUAAGUUCGUCAAAGAAAUGCACAAACCCAAGGUUUCUGUUAAGAAGCAGAAAGAAAUGAAGUACAUCGUCAAAGAAGUUGAGAAAGGAGGCAUGAGCAGACAGCUCGAACUCACCAAAGGCCAGCUCAAGCAGAUCGAGGAGAAGCAACGCAAACAGAACGAACGGCCUCAAUACGAGAACUACAUCAGGUCUGCUGGAAGGGGCCACCGAUCCCACUCGCUCAGUGUCAACAAGCGAAGCUGGAUGAGAGAGAACCCCAUGGUUCCGAAGCCAAAACUCAAAAGGAAAGGCUACGUUGUUGACUACUUGCUUAAGAAACGAAUCAAGCGUGAACAGCUCGAACUCGAAGACCCUGACUACACUUCGAACAAAAGAACUAACUGGGAUAGGUAUGCUGGAGCCACUUCUAAGUCGAUCAGAAGUUUGUCGAAUGCUUAUGAUGACACAAACAAAGGAGGUCCUCAGUCCAGGUUUGACUCUGAGGUCAAGAAGUCUCAAGACCAAAUCAUGAAGCAGAGGCUCGAAUCGAUCAAGGCCAAGGCCAAACAGAUCGAAGAGGAAGCCAUUGAGAAAGAGAAAAACAUGAAGUUGACCACCGGAACCAAUGUCAAAGACUCCGACGUGAUCAACAGUCUGCUCAUCGACUCGAUCGAAGCGAAGUUACAUUUGCUCAAAGACAUUUAGCCUCUCACGGCUGUCAUUCAAGUAUGAUUUUCUAGUUUGUUUCAAUAUU